CGCGAUUUCAUCGAUCGACAAAUUUAUAGUAAAACCUCAAGACCUUUUGACCGUUCUACAAUUCAUUCAAUUCAGGUGAGUACAAGUCAUACUUUUAAAACCAGUUUGAAAGUUUCAAAGUUAGGUUGAUGUCCUUACGCAAUAGUUUUAAAGGUUCUUCUCUCACAAUAAUCUUUAUUUGUCGAUUUUGUUUUAGAUUUAUAACCUUCAAUUUAAAACCAUGUACGGACUUAGCGCAGAACAAAACGUUGUCCCUGACCCUUCGGUCUACGCUCAAGUAAGUACUCUAUCAUAAACUCUACCGUACUUAACUUAAGUCACUGAGGGAUAUAUUCAUUAUUCAUUUUAAUGUAACAUUGAUUUAAAUCACAAAGAUGGUCGAUUGCUUAACAUUUGUUACUCGCGAUUUUUCUGCUGUUCUGGUAGUUUGUGAUUUUCUAACGUAUAUUUAUUUGGUGUGAUAUUAAAAAAAGAUUUUCGUUUGCCAAUAUCGCUUGAAUGAUAUGAACAGUCCACUCUUGCGCUCGCUACAUGUAAAGGAAUGGCACUUUUGAUUGUUCUAAAUGUGAUAAUUUCUUGCCAUAAUGGCGCGCUUAAGACAACGCUCUUUCGCGAAACGUCAAAAAGGUUUAAGGACGCCUGUUAAACUUUAUUAACUGAGUACUGAAUCUUUGUUUUUUAAAACUCAAGACGGUAUAAUUUAUACUAGUUGUCGAGUCAAUGGUAGAAGUAAUUACGUGCGGCAUGUAAACGACUGGUGACGAAGAAUUUUAUAAUGUUGCGCUUGAAAAGACUCAUUGUUCCUUUAGCAUUGUGAUGAAGCUCGUGCAGCAGCACCAACAUUAUGGACCGAUUACAAGACACUAGUGACUAAACAUGGGCAAAGAGAGGAGACAGAAAUUCAAACCAUGUGAUUGAGUGACUUAUUUUCUAAUCAAAAACAUUUGCUCAUUUGUGGCUUGGUCUGUCUCGUCUCUUGCCAGUAUCUUUUUUCACUGCGUUAAAUGUUAAGUUUUUACACACCGUUGUGAUGAACACUCUAAUCGCUUAAUUCAUUUUGUACUUUUAGGAUUUGAUCCCCGAUGAUCAGUCACUUUUCGACCCUGCCUUCAAUGAUCCUUACAAGCCACUGAAACCAACCAACAAGAGCGACAAUCAUUUCUAUAGUAAAAAGAGGCCACUGGAAUCUGAACUUGAAGAACCACUAGCCAAAAGAGCUUACGUUCCCAGCAAUGAUUUUGUGGAAAGAAACUCACCAUCGCCUGUCCCACAGAACCUUUCGCAUGAAAAACGAGUCAUAGUUCCAGCCGGUAAGAAUUCAUAUUAAAAUUGUCAAAUCGUAGUUUGUUGUCUAUCAACAUUAGUCACACCCAAUGAGUUAUGUGUCAAUCCAGUUGAAACGCGCCCUGUGUCAUGUUUUCUCGCACUGCCGAUUGAAUUUCUCUCUAGUAAUCAUUCUGAAUUGUGACAAGAAGAUUUGGGCGGUCUUAGUAAACCCCACCCCGGCUUUUUCGGUUUGACCUCGGACCGUGAAAAUGAGAGCGAUUACCUUUAAACCGCAAGGCAUUAAAUUUUGAUGAGGGCUGCGACACGAACAUUUUUGACUUGCCGAUUGGAAGUUGAAUUUGAAAUAUUUGAAUAUAAUGUUCAAGUGCUGAGGAGACCGGAAAGCGUGAAUAUAGAUUGCCUAAUUUCGUAAAAAAGGCGGAACAACCCGCUGCGUCUUAGUCUACUACUUUUGUGUUCUUAGUUUGCUGAAGGGAUUCGACCAUCCAUCUUGUUAUUAAACUGUGGCUCACCUUGACGAAAAUUAUUUGUCACUUAAACUUGUUUUAAAAAUAUGAGGACGAAAUUAUAUCUUGUUACCAUUCAAAGGAAACCGCUGUGGCAUAACUGUUUCACAGUUCUUUUUAUUUAUUAAGGUAGGCAAAAAAAGAAAAAUUGAAUUUUCUUAAAGGAAUAUUUCUUUGGCCUUGAUAAGAAGUGUAAAGGGUUAAGCCGGUCCUUCAAGAAGCUGUGGCUCUUUCUUGUUUGUUAAUAUCCAGUGAACAAACACUUAAGAUACUGUUCUUCUAUUACCUGCCGAUACUCUUCAUCUCGGUAUUAUCACAGUGAUUUAAAUAACGGGUUCAAAUAACUUCCAUGGUGUUCAGCAAGCGUUCAUAAAAUGCCUCACGAGUCAAUCGUUACCAGCUGACUCGGACAAAAACAUCACAACUCGACUUUUACUGUAACAUUUCUUUAAAAAGUCUACGUUUUUUGAAAGCUCACAAACAGUGUCAAUUGCGAUAAAGCGCUCUUGAUUGUGAUGGUUUUAUUGCAAUUACUCUUCCUAUGUGUUUUAAUAUCUGGUUGAGUUAAUUUUCCUUUUUUUUUGUUCAGAUCCUCUGUGCUGGACCAAAGAACAUGUUCGUCAAUGGAUCCAGUGGGCCAUCAAAGAAUUCAGUCUCAAAGACAUCGAUGCCGAUCGAUUCGAUAUGGACGGCAGAGAACUCUGCAAACUGACCAGGGAGGGCUUUAUGAAACUAGCCCCAGCCUAUAAUGGAGACAUUUUGAUGGCACAUCUAUGCGUUCUUCGUAAAAGUAAGUCAAAAACACUGUCUUAACACGAAAACCUACUGUUUUUCCCUCAAAAAUAGUCAUCCAAUUAGUGAUGAAGAAAUCUUAAUCCAAUCUGAUAGUCAUCUUUAUGGUGAAAGUAAGAUGGAUUUUAACAAUUUAGCCAAAAUUCAUGAACCAAACAAGCAAGAAAGAAAUAGGAUUAGUGCCGUUGUUAGUUUUAGGUCAAGGCAAACUUGAGAAAACAACACGCGACAUCUGAUAGAAAUCUAAGUUAAUUUGCAUGUUUUCAACCCUUAUUACUCCCAGAGUCCUAUACUUAUCUUGUAUUUCUGUUCGUUUGUUUCAGCUCCUCUACCAAACCUUACCUCUGAUGAUAUUGACAACGCACUGGCCCCUGCAUCCACACAAGGUAAGAAUCCCAUUUUUUUCAUUUUCAAAGUAAUGACGUUCGACCCUGUUCGCCUCCAGAAGCUCAGUGGUUAGAGCAUCCGAACUAGAACUCAACAGGGUCGUGAGUUCAUUUCUCACCUGAAGAUCAGAUUAUUUUUUUCUAAGCUGUAGAUUUUACCUUCUUCCAAAUUUAAAACGCCUCUCUCGUGAAACAUUUUCCUUGAAAAGCAUUGUGUUGUUGACGUAUAACAGGUUGUUAAUUCAAGGAUUUUUGGUAUUAUUUUUUUCAGCGUCUUACCACGCGCCUUCUCCACCAGUGUUUGACUCCAGACAACACCCUGUGAUCACUAGCAAUCCAUCAGUUGUCAGGAGCACUGAAAGUCUUCAAGCACGAUUCAGUGGAAAUGGUGAGUUCAUAGUCUCAUUUUAUUCCACCUCAAGGUUUUGUUCCCUUAGCUUGCAAGUUGUCGUUUUCAUCGGCACCCUUAUCAAAUUCUCAAAUUCUCUCUUACCCUUUAAGACUUGUGCCUUCAAUUUUCUUGUAAGUUUCUCUUACUCUAAAAAAAAACAUUUCGCGUGUUCUUAAAUUAUUUAUUUUCUCUGUUUGUUAUAGUCUAUUCAUUUGUUUUCUUAAUGUUCUUUUUUUCUGUUAUUUUUUAGAUUCCAUUGACAGAAGUUCUUCUUGGGCGUCACCUUCAUCCACUCCAAGACUAUCCCAUAUGAAGGACAGUGUUGUUCCUUCCAGACCCAUGUCCGUUCCAGAGCCUCAGUCCCUCUCGAGUUCGUUCUCCAGUGCCAACGUUGGUAGCCGCGCCGAGCCCGCUAGCACCGGCAGCGGACAGAUUCAGUUGUGGCAGUUCCUUCUCGAGCUCUUGUCAGACCCAAAGAACUCCACUUGCAUCGCGUGGGAAGGUUCCAACGGCGAAUUCAAGCUGGUAGAUCCUGACGAGGUAGCCAGAAAGUGGGGAGAGCGAAAGAAUAAGCCAAACAUGAACUACGACAAGCUUAGCCGAGCGCUGCGAUAUUACUACGACAAAAACAUCAUGACCAAGAUCCACGGCAAGAGAUACGCCUACAAAUUUGACUUCCAAGGAUUGGCUCAACUCAACCAGCCAAUCACAUCAGACGCUCAAGCACAUGCGCAAGCCGCGUACAAGUUUCCUGGAUCAGACUUCUACGCUGGUUUUCCCGCCGCCUCGUCGCUGUUCCCGCAUCCAGCAGCCAACAGCUGUUACCCAAUGUCCUAUUGGGCGCGGGCUCCACCAUCGUAUCCGCAAUCAAGACCAAUGUACGGUCCCCCAUUGGGCGCUGGGAUGACUUACUACGCUUAGAAACUCUGUCCAAAACAAAAACUUUAUAAAUAAAUUGUCUUUUCUGCUGUCUAAUUUUGCAGAAACGAAGCGUUCCUUACAGGAAUUUUUUUAAACCAUAAAAGCUAUUUAUUUAUAAGAAAAAGAAAAAAUCUGAAGCGCUGAAUUCGUUUCUGAGUGAGGAAAUGUUCAUGACGGCAAAAACGUUAGGGAGAGGCCUGUUUUCAAAGUAGAUCAACAAAUGAUAAAAUUUUGGUUAUUGUUACUUGUUUCCAGUUAUUUCAAGUGCAAAGCGUUCUGUUUUCAGACUGCUUUUCCGAAACCAUUUUGAUAGACUUGACUACACAAUAUCUUUGUACAGUUAUUGUAAAUACUGAAAAUUCAGCGGUCAUAUCUUAAUGUUAUAGUUAGUCUUCGACAGUUUUGUUGAGGUUCCCAUCAAACAGCUACGUCUGUAUAUUUUUUUUAAAAAAAUGCAAACUGCAUAAAAUAUUUAUGUCAAGAAACAUUCUAUAAAUAAUAUUGUAUAUUUGCUUAUGCGGAGAUCUUUAUAAAUUGUGAAAGAAAAAUAGAUAAUUUAUAAUAUUUUUUACAAUUUUGUACACGACCUUAGUGCCGUUUAAUUUGGUGAGAGAGAAAACACACAUCAUAGGAUGUAAAUAAAAGAAAUAUAUUUCAAAGAAAAAUACUUCUGUUAUUUUUUUCUCGCGAGCACCCGUGGGUUAUAUUGGUCACUUAUUCAUCUGAAUACCCAAGUCUACAAAACUGUUGAAAUUAAUUUUUCCCCAGAAAUGCAAGAUGUUGUUAUAAUGAAGUCUUUGAACCAUUCCAAUGAAAUUGACGACUCUUGUCUUCGAUAGUUUUAUUUCGUGAUUUUUAUGGAACAAAUCUGGAAUUGUUAAAUUUCCCCAGUGGUCAUGAAGGGGGCCAUUGUUCCUUUCACGGGCAUGGACCAAGGUUGAAGGAAUUGCUCUAUAAGGUUUGUAAAACAGCGCUUGUAGCAGAAAAGGCGAUCAAGCUUAUCCUUUGUCAAGGGGUGUCAUCAAGUUCGUCCGAGCAUUCCAAAACGCGUUAAGGCGAGAUUAAUAACAAUCACACAGCUGUACGAAUGGAAUUACGCUUAAAUGCAAAAUUAAAAUUAACUCGAGAUGGGCAACCCUGACCCUUUCCUUGAGUAACUGGAUUCGCAUAGUCGGCAUCGUGGCCCGUUACUUUUAAAGCCCUGAAAGCUUAGUUUUAUUAUACGAGCCAUCAGUAACAGCUAGUUACUUAAUUCUGUGUUGAAGUUGUCUAUCUUUUUUUUUUCCAUUUUUUAAAAAUCUGGAUCAGUAGACCACGGCAUGUAGAAAGCGUAACUUGUAGAGCAGACGUUAUAUUAUUAUUGUUAUUAUUAUGAUCAUUUUUAUCAUAUAACGAAUUCGAAAGCUCAGCGGUACAAGAUGGCGGGAGAACCUAGUAUCAUCGUUCGCACUGUAAAAUACGCCUUACCAGUAACAAGACCAGCAUUGCUGAUAGUAUGUAGCGGCCGCUCCCUCCCCCAUCUCCUCAAACAAAAUCGCCGAUUUACACAGGCUUCAUCACCUACUAUUGUCGACUCUUGAUGGAUUUUUUCAGAUUGACUCCUCCACGUCGAUGACGAGCCGUACUCAUCCAUUCUCGCACUAUAUCACAUGAUAUCAGUACCACCUUUUUGGGUCAAAACGUGGCUGAAAUAAUUAAGUAUCCUCGUCAUCUUUUCUCAUACAAAACUCUAAAAGAGAAAUAAUGCAAUUGCGCUAAGUUGAAAACAAGACAUGAUGAGUCUUGCCCUAUACAUAUAUAUUCUUGUUUUAACGCAUUUUCAUACAGGUCAUCGAAAGCCGAAGACCCACAGUCAAUUUUAGGUAGAGAACAGAGUAUUAUGGGCUUUGUUUGGGUAGAGAAGAAGAGUAACAAAACCUGAAUUAUUAUUUUAGGAUACUAAGCAGAAAAACAGUAAACUGAUGAGGUACGACUAGGGUCAGUAUACGAUUCUAGAAAACUAAUCCACUACCCCUCCUCCAAGCCAGCAUUCUCAGAUCCUUACAGCGCGAGAAUACUGAGGGGAAAAUAUAAAUAAAAAUGAUAGACAGUUUAUAUAUUUGCUCGAUAUUUUGGUUUCGGCAAAAAUAACGUUCUGUGAGUAAAAACAAAAAAAUGAUAAAUGAAUAAGAAAAUCGAAAGAAAGUGACAGGUACGGUAAAGAGAUACAAGGUGAG